UCUGCAGAGCAACAGUGAAUCAGCGUUUUAGCAUAGGUCAUUGCCUAUAUAGAGCGAACACGUGUAUCCAAGGCCAGUUUACCGUGUGCGCUUUUGCAUCAAGUAUUAAGAUACCUUGUUUCAUAAUCGACUUAGCUGUUAUCACAGACCAUUUACUUUCAUGCGCUUUAGUCACCACUUGAAAAACGGCAUUAUGAAAGCAAUACGGGUGCAUGAGUGGGGUGGCCCAGAGGUUCUCAAGCUAGAAAAUGUACCAAUUCCGAUUCCGAAGGACACCGAGGUCUUGAUCAAAGUAAAAGCAUCAGGGGUGAACCCAGUUGACACCUACAUCCGCAAUGGAACAUAUGCACGUAAACCUAAUCUUCCUUAUAUUCCUGGUUCUGAUGCAGCCGGAAUAGUUGAAGCAGUUGGCGAGAAAGUCACAAAAUUCAAGAAAGGGGAUAGAGCUUACUCUGUUCGUAGUGUAUCAGGAGCUUACAGUGAAUAUGCAGUCUCAGAUGCUCUUUUCACUGGUCAUCUUGGAGACAAACUGACUUUCUCGCAAGGGGCAGCAGUUGGGGUGCCUUACUACACAGCUUAUCGCUCAUUGGUGCACACAGCAAAAGUAAAGCCAGCAGAGACAGUGCUCAUUCAUGGAGCAAGUGGAGCAGUAGGACUUGCUAGUGUUCAGAUUGCAAAAGCCAUGGGACUGCGUGUUCUUGGAACCGCUGGAACUCCAGAAGGACUGCAGCUGGUCAAAGACAAUGGAGCAGUGGAAGCCUUCAACCACCGAGAAGAAGGAUAUACUGAGAAGAUUCUGGAAGCAACAGAAGGUCAGGGUCCAGAUGUCAUCCUGGAGAUGUUGUCUAACGUGAAUCUCCAGCGUGACCUUGAAAUAAUCAAGCAAAAAGGACGCGUAGUGGUGAUUGGGUGCCGUGGUACCAUUGAAAUCAAUCCUCGUCUCACGAUGGCCAAGGAGAGUCAGAUUCUUGGCAUGAUGUUGCCAGGUGCAACUGAACCUGAAUGGCAGGAGAUGCAUGCCUAUGUAGAGGCAGGCAUGGAAAUUGGAUGGUUGCAGCCUCAUGUGGGAAAGGAAUAUCCGCUGGAGCAAGCAGCACAAGCGCAAAUUGAUGUCAUCAACAACUCUGGAACCCUUGGUAAACUGGUGCUAACUUUUUAAAGUUGAGGCUUAUGAAGCUUUGUAAUUGCCAGCAUGACUCCAGGGCUGGUGCAAAAAUUACCAUUGUUCCAAUCAGGUUGGACCAUCAAGAUUUUCUUUUUCUGGUUAUCUUUGUGCAUGAUUUAAAAAAUCACCAUCACAUAGUAUAGACUAAUAAAAUCAGCACUCCAUUUGUUUCCUAUCUGGCUGGAUGGAGCUUUCUAAAUAUUGUUGUAAUAUUCUAACAGUGGAAUAAGACUGCAAUUGAUGAUAAUAUUUCUAAAGACAAAAUUUAUGUUACAUAUAAAUCUUGCUUAGUUACCCAAGAAAAAGUGUUAUCCAUUUGAGUAGAUUGUGUACUUGGCUGUACCAGAUUAUGUAUGAAUACAGAAUUGUGUAUUUGUUUGUUUUACUGUGUAUAAUGGGCCUUCAUUAUGGGCAACAAUUUUUUGUUGUUGUUUUUUUUUGGUUUUUUUUUUGGGGGGGAACAGGGUUAUGAUGGUGAUGAUGUGUGGUUUGAAUGACAAAUUUUAGUUAAUUCUGUGCAGUUCUGCUGUGUAGACAUUGAGAGCAACAAUGCAGUAAGACUUUUUUUUAAUGGACUAGAGGCAUUCUUAUUAGAUGAAAGAAUGAUUUCCUCAAUUAUGUUUUGAUAUUACCAAGUUAUAUAUAUGAUGGUACUUUAUUUCAUUUAAUAUAGAUAUUAGUUAAGGGUUAUUCUGUGAUUGAUCAGGAUUAUAUGUCUGCAUGGGGUGGGGUCUACAUAAACAGAUGUUAUUGUGCUAGAGUUUCAGCUUUUAAUCAAUGUGAAAAAAAAUUAUUUAGUUUCUUAAAAUAGAAUUGUUAAUAAAAUGCAUUACUAGCAGAUACGUGAUAGUCCUUAUGUAAAUUCCUGCAAGCAUAAUAAGCAGUUUUGUAAACCACAGUAUCAAAGGAUGACAAGAUAUUUUUUCAAGCAUCUAAAUAUUUCUUAUCUUUGAUUCACUUGCUGCAUUGCAGCUUCGCUUCACAGUCAUGUAGAAGAUUUAUCUUCCUGAAGAAAUCUAGUCGAAACAUACGACAAAUUUAUGUAAUGUGACUAAUUUGCAAGUGUUUAAUGGGUGACAUUGUGAGAAAUCUAGUGCUAAAGAGUUGUGAGAGAAUAAUGAUUUAUAUGAUUAAACAACUGUUUGGAUAAUAAAAUAUUGUAAAAGAAA